UUUUGAUAUCAGUAUGUAAAAAGGUAUCUUCGUAUCAGUUGCUAUAACUUAGUCUCAACACAAAGACGUUUUCAGGUUUUGUGAGGCAUAACAAAAUGUCACGUGAGCUCUUCAUUUGAUUACGACCAUUCAUGUCAAACGUGCAGACGAUAAUCAUCUUCCGUUGCGACAAACAAUAUUUUUCUGAAAAAUGGACGUUAGCAGGCGAAGACUACUUUUAGCAGCACUACCUGCUUUAGUUCAACCCCCACCAGAUGCUUCAGAGUAUAUCAAUCGUGUUAGGUCAUGUUUAGUGGCCGUAGUGAUGCCACCUCUAAACCCUGUUCUAGAUAUUCGUCACCGUUUAUUUUCAAAUGAUUCUAAUAUAUAUUCGGGAAGAAACGUUUUCCAAAUAUUCUCGGCAAAUAGGUACAAUUUCUAUAAUCUUACUGGUGAAACACCAGAAACAUUAAUAGAUAUGUUACAAAUUGUAAACCUAAGGAAUAACAGUCGUCACAAACUGUCUCCAGUAAACAGAAUCUUAUUGUUUGUUAUAUGGAUUCGGUGUUACCCAACUCUCAUGACACUUUCAGCAAUAUUCAAUGUGUGCACCGCAUAUGUACAUGUUGAAAUUCGCAUAAUGAUACGCACAUUUUACGCAGCAUUUUCGCAUUACAUUACUUGGCCUACAAUAGAUCAGUGGCUUAGUAAACGUGGUGAUUGGGAUAAACUGUACCCCGCAGUUGGUGCAAUAGAUGGUACAUCACACGAAAUAUUGCGACCAAUGAAUGUGCCACACACACACACACAACCAAAAGCAUGCUUUUUCACAAUUUGA